GUUUCGGAGAACCUACUUUAUGGACAAGUUCUGCGUACAUCAAGGCGACCCGGAUCUCAAACGACGGGGCGUGGCGUCCUUUGCGGCCUUCAUCGGAAAAUCUCAGCGGAUGCUCCUUCUGUGGAGCCCUCAAUACUUCACGCGCCUCUGGUGCACACUAGAGGUUGCGGCUUUGGUCAGAGCGUCGAAUGGCAUCAAUGGCCAAAUUGAAGGAGCUUUGCCCCUGGAUUUCUUUCCGUUGCAAUUGGCAUCGGUCAGUUGCAUGGCUUGGCUCCUUCAGUUUAUCGCCUACCUGGCAAUCGACAUUUACAGGAUGUUUAACCCCAGCGACGUUGCCGCUGCCAGCGUCACCAUAUUCCUGGUCAUCCUCGCCUCCAUGAUUCUGAUGCGAUCGCUCACAGCCUACGCGCGCGCCCGCAUUGCCUUGGCGGACCAGCUGCAGAACUUCAGCAUCCAGGAGGCCCAGUGCGCUCGCCUCGAAGACCGAGCAAAGGUCCAAGAGCGCGUCCUGAAAUGGUUCGAGAACUUGGACACAUGUAACCAACACAUCCGAGAGAAGGUCAAAGACCAAGUGUUGGCGGUGCUAGGCCCAAGCCAGCACUAUCCGACAAGGAUGAUUCUGCCGGUGAUGCUGAUCAACAUCUUCGACGAGGCCGACUACAUCAGCAGCGGCCAUCAUGUAGACCAAGGUGCCAACGGGUGGUUCAGCUCAAUGUGCUGGUGCUGCUUCGUGGGCACUGCAGUUCCUGUUUGCUACAG